AUGGGUGAUAAUGACCCAUUACGCUCGCCCAGGGAGCACACGGUUAUCGAACUUGCUCGUAUACUCGAUGCGCAAACUUUCAUUCAUGUUAGGGGUACUCCUGCGUCAGGAAAAACGACCCUCGCACGUCUCCUCGAAGCCUUUUACCGAAAGAAGAAUGUCCCUGUAAUCGCGUUCUACAGCUGGUCAUUGACAGCUGGUCAGUCGUAUAAGCAAGUUUUGAUGCAAGAGGCUCGGGAACGCGGAUAUACGCAGUUCGACCGUCAAUUCCUACAAGACGGCAGCUAUGUGCUGAUCAUCGAUGAAGGCCAAUUGACCUACCAGGAUGAAGCUUUUUGGAUCGAAAUGAUCAAAAUGCAGAGUCGCAGACAUUGGGGGCCGCGAAUUUGCAUGUUCACUUGCUAUGGAUCCCCAACAGAAGGGUCAGAAUCGAUAAAUAUUGCAGGAAGCCCACUGGCCCACCUGGGCCCUGAACAGCGUGUUUCAAUAACCGUAUCUCACAUCGAGUAUUCACCAUCGAUUGCGCUUUUUUAUGACGCUACAGAAUUUUUUGAUGUUGUUGUUCGAUUCUGCGUUCAAUCGCAUCGGAUUCCUGAACUUAGACUAGACAGCACUGCGCAGAGAUACAUUUUCGAGCUUACUCAUGGUCAUCCGGGUGCCGUUGACGCCAUGCUUCAAAUGUUGUGGACGUUCUAUCACAGUGCCCUUAAACACCAAGGGCUGAUAAUUACAGAUGAACACAUCAUUCAAAGUCUAGACAAUGAAGAGAAAGCUUUCCAACUACUUAUGUCAGAAAAUAUUCGCCGUUCGUUCCCCAGACGCGGAAAAGUCACUACAGAAGCAGUUGAAAUUCUUCGUAAGACUUUAUCUGACGGAAGCGUGACGAAAGAUCUUGCCAACCCUGGUGUCAAGCAGUGCUACGAAAAUGGCUGGCUGCACUCAGAGCCUAAAGACUUCGAUGGAGAUGAAAUCCUUUGCGUAUUCCCAACGCGCCUACAUGCUAAAUUCGUGGAAUAUUACUGGACAAGCAACAAACUGGAUUUCCCGAUCUGGAGGUUCCCUGACAUCGGCUGUUUGGCUCGAGAGGUUCUGGCCCAAUUUUCACCGAGAAACAUCUCUAGUGCCAUCCGUAUGGGGUACGCUGCAAUGGCUCGCCCAUUUGAAGCUUCAUACCAGGAUGAGUUCUAUCGAGCUAGCCAUCAGGUUCUUGGUUAUGCCAUGAACGUCACAAGCGAGUGGUCUUCAGGAGGGCGCGGGCGAAUAGAUUUUCGAUUUGCUCAGAUAGGGUGGGGAGUAGAGCUCAUCAGAGAGGGGGAUCGCCUGAAAGAGCAUUGUUCGAGAUUUGCUCCUGGUGGCACGUACGCACCGUGGAUCUCCACUGGCCUUUUAACCCAAUGGUUGAUUAUUGAUUGCAGGACAAGCUGGCCAAAACCGCUUAAUCCCCCCGAACCAAAGCUCUGGCGGGCAGUUUUUUCAGAAGAUUUUGGCUCAGUCCAAAUUCUGGAUUCAUCAAAUUCCCCUAUUGGAGCCCCAAUACCCCUAAUGUCAUGA